AUGCCCGUCCCCUACCCCUUCCACUUCACCACCCCGGCCCAGCCAACCUCCACCAGCAACGGCGAACCCACCACCCUCACCCUGACCCUCGACAACGUCCGCGGCCGCAUCCCCUCCGCCCAAGCAUCCCGCCUCCGCUCCCUGAUGCUAGAAGCGCACAACAGCCCCGACAAAAUCAUCGCCCACGCCUGCUCCUACGACGGCCUGUCCUCGCGCCUCGUGCAGGAAGCCGGCUUCCCCAUUGUGUUUCUGGCCGGAUACACGGUCGCCAGCAGCUUCGGGCUGCCGGACACGGGGUACAUUGCGAUGGAGGACCUGUGCAGGCGGAUCCAGGAGGUCGUGAGGCAGGUGGAUGUGCCGGUCAUGGCGGACGGGGAUACGGGGUACGGGAGCCCGAUGAAUGUCAAGAGGACGGUCGAGUCGUUUGCGGCGGCCGGUGCGGCGGGCGUUAUGAUUGAGGAUCAGACCUGGCCGAAGCGUGAGCUUUACCCUUACUCCCCUACCCACAUAUGGAUAGUGGAUAGGAAGAAUGCUAACGGCUCAGGAUGCGGCCAUACAAAAGGCAAGUCCGUCGUGUCGCGCGGCGAGGCCUACGCGCGCAUCCAGGCUGCCGUUGACGCGCGCAACGAGGGGCAGGAUAUCUUCAUCCUUGCGCGCACCGAUGCCCUGAUCCAUGGGUGGGAUGAAGCGCUCACCCGCGCCCAGGAGUUCAAGCGGAUUGGCGUUGACGCGGUCUUCGUCGAGGCCCUGCCGGACCGGGAGGCGAUGCGGCGAUGUGUCCGGGAACUGGGGAUCCCGACCUUUGCUAAUAUCAUCGAGGGCGGGAAGACGGAGAAUCUGUCUGCGAGGGAUCUGGCUGCGCUUGGGUUCUGCGCUGUCGCGUACCCGUGGACGCUUGUGGCGGCGAAGCUGAGGAGUAUUCGGGAGACGUUGGAUGCGUUGAAGAAGAGCAUGACUGAGGGGGCGCCGCCGGUGAUUUUGGGUUAUGCGGAUGUUUGCGAGGGGGUUGGGUUUAAUAUGUACUGGGAACGAGAGACUCGGUAUGAGUUUAACCAGGAUGGUCUGGUUAACCCGCCAAAGUAA